AUGGCAAUAAAUUUCAAGGACGGUGUAAUUCUCGGUGCCGACAGUCGAACGACAACAGGCGCCUACAUCGCCAACCGCGUCACCGACAAACUCACCCAAGUUCACGACACAAUCUGGUGCUGCCGAUCCGGCUCUGCUGCGGACACUCAAGCCGUAGCCGACAUCGUUCGAUACCACCUGGGCAUGUACGGCGUCGUAUAUGACCAGCCUCCUACCACCCAGACUGCCGCUGCUUUAUUCCAAGAAUUAUGCUACGAUAACAAGGACAUGCUGAGUGCCGGUAUAAUCAUCGCUGGCUAUGAUAAGCAGUACGGUGGUCAAGUUUACUCCAUUCCGCUCGGCGGAUCCCUUCAUAAACAAGCGUACUCCAUUGGUGGAUCUGGAUCGACGUACAUCUAUGGUUAUUGCGAUGCGCACUGGCGGGAAAAUAUGACUGAGGAAGAGGGCAUUGAAUUCGUCAAGGGGGCAUUACGAGAGGCUAUCAAAUGGGACGGAAGCUCGGGAGGUGUUAUCCGACUAGUGGUCCUGACAGCAAAGGGUGCUGUGAGACAUUUAUACCUGCCGGAUACCGACUACAAGGGGCCAGGAACAUACUAA